UGGUCUGUGUGCAUUAUAUUUGUAGUUGAAAUGAAUGCUCUUUAGUUUUUGCUUGUAUGUAAUUUGUAAAGCCAUAUAAAAUUGUAAACAAUGAGUCGGUGGUUGUUCAAGUCCAAAUCUCAUAGACUGGUUUCCGUUGUUGUAGUUGAAAGGGGAAUUUGCUUCCAUUGUUUGAGAGGCAAUUUUAUACCCUUUUUUUCUAAUAGAGGAUUACUUUCAAAUUGGAUUCAACCCAACUGUUUUCAUUCUCAGAAAUUAGCUUUACAAAAAACAGAAGAAAAGAAAACAAGAUUGUCAAUGUCAACGGCUAAUGAAGGAACUGCUUCUGGAUUAAGUUCGAAGAAUGGCAUGGAAAGAAAUUUCAUUACUCCAGUUAGAGCCAUGAAUGAUUUUUUUUUGAAGCCUAGUGAUCUAGAACUGCUCAGGAAAACAAGACGUAGAUCUCCUUAUGAAAGUGAACCUCCAAUAACUGUGUAUUGGCUGAAAGAUGUUGAAGCAAAAGCAUUGGAAGUGUGGGGUAGUCAGGAAGCCUUGGACCGUGAAAGGAAAAAGAAAACAGAAGAACUUAAACGAUAUCAGCAAUAUAUUUUUAGUGUUAAAAGAGUUUUGAAGGAUAUGAGGAAAGAGCCCACAAACUGGUCACCUCAAGGUGGUCUCAUGGAAGGCUCUGGAAAAGUGGUUUUAACAGCCAUUGUGAUAAAUGGAUGCAAUUUCCUUUUUAAAUUGGUUGCAUGGUUGUACACGGGUUCACACUCCAUGUUCUCUGAAUGUCUGCAUUCACUUGCGGAUACUGCAAAUCAACUUAUUUUAGCCUAUGGAAUCCAUAAAUCUAGCCAACAAUCAAACCCAGAUCAUCCCUAUGGCUACUCCAACAUGCGUUACGUUGCCUCUCUGGUUUCUGGAGUUGGUAUCUUUUGCGUAGGGGCUGGGCUGUCGGUUUACCACGGCAUUACCGGCAUCUUCAAUCCAGACCCCAUUGGAUCUUUUUACUGGGCUUUUUUUAUAUUGGGGGGAUCUUUGGUUUCGGAAAGUGCAACGUUAUUAAUGGCUAUCAAUUCGCUGAGAAAAGGAGCUGCCAAUGCGGAUAUGCCUUUUUGGGAUUACGUCAAGAGAGGACAGGAUCCGAGCGUCAAUGUUGUGUUGUUGGAGGAUUUAGCUGCGGUUGCAGGAGUCGUGGUUGCUGGCAGUUGUAUGGCCGUCGCAUCCCAUCUCGACUCACCACUGCCCGACGCGGUAGGAUCGCUGCUAGUUGGAGUUGUGUUGGGAGCAGUGGCAUCAUUCAUAAUAUAUUCCAAUUCUGCUGCCCUCGUUGGUCGAUCUAUACCACUGAGCAGGAUCCAGCAGAUAAAUUCCGAAUUGGAACGCGAUCUAAUGAUUCGAGCCGUCCAUGAUGUUAAGGGGAUCGAUAUGGGCUCUGGCCUUGUGCGUUAUAAAGCUGAAGUAGAUUUCGAUGGUCGCGAACUGACGCGAUCGUAUUUGGAUAAACAAGAUUUAGAAAUGAUGUUGGAAGAAGUCCGAAAAAUGACUAGCAUAAACGAAAUGGAAGCCUUUCUAUUGAAACAUGGUGAAAAUAUAGUGGAUCUUCUCGGUGCUGAAAUCGACCGUAUAGAGAAUGCUUUGAGGAAAAAACACCCAGAAGUGCGACACUGUGACCUGGAACUAUUGUAGGCCGUGCUGAUACAUUCAAAGAAAGUUGGGAUUGUAAAAAUGAAAGUAAUUUUCUUCUAUACCGUUGCUUUCCUGCAUUUUUAUAAAUAAUUCAAUGGUGUAAAUAACAAGCUUGAUGCAAUUGAAAUAU